ACAAAAUGGAGAACAAUUCAAUUUUGGAAGAAGUUCUUUUAAAGAAGUCGCAACAGAAGAAAAAAAUGUCACCAAAUAAUUACAAAGAAAGGCUGUUUGUUCUGACAAAAACACAUCUCUCUUACCAUGAAUAUGACAAACAGAAAAAAGGAAGCAAAAAGGGAUCAAUUGAUAUUAAGAAAAUACGAUGUGUUGAAACUGUGAAUCUUGAUGAACCAACUCCUUUGGAGAGAAAAUAUCCAUUUCAGAUAGUGUACAAGGAUGGCCUUCUUUAUGUCUACGCAGCUAAUGAAGAGAGCCAAAGUCGAUGGCUGGAAGCCUUACAAAAAGAAAUUAGAGGGAAUGCUGAUUUACUGAACAAGUAUCACAAAGGCUUCUUCACCAAUGGGAAGUUCCUCUGUUGCAACCAGACUUGUAAAGGAGCUCCUGGAUGCACCAUUUGGGAGAAAUAUACAACUCUACAUAGCACACCCAGUUCUGUGAAACCACUGCCUCCUGUCCCUAAACCACUGCUGAAGCAUAGUAGUUUGCCUCAGGUUCUAACACCAGCAAUGUCAUACUUGAAGACUGCUGUGGCUCAGUAUAACUAUGAACCCCAGGAAGACUGUGAUAUCCCACUUGUCAGGAACAGCCAGUAUUAUGUUCUGAAAGAAGAAGAUCCAGAGCGGUGGAAAGUGAGGGACAUGGAAGGGAAGGAAGGCAUUGUACCAAGUACUUUUUUGAAAGCCAUAUCCAUCAAUGAUGAUGAACUUAGGGAAAACUUCAGCAUUGGUAAAGAUUCAUCAGAAGAAGACAGUAUUGAUAAGCAUGACUGGUAUGCAGGUAAUAUCUCCCGGGCCCAGUCAGAGCAACUACUGAGACAAAAGGGAAAAGAAGGUGCUUUUAUGGUUCGAAAAUCUAGCCAAGCAGGAAAGUACACAGUGUCUGUAUUCAGCAUGGCCCUUGAAGAUAAAAAGGGAGCAGUCAAACAUUAUCAUGUGCACACAAAUUCUGAAAACAAAUAUUAUCUGGCUGAAAAUUACUGCUUCAAUUCAAUUCCAAAGCUUAUUCACUAUCAUCAGCAUAACUCAGCAGGUAUUGUUACAAGGUUUCGACAUGCAGUGUCUACCAAAGUGAAUAAUAUCCCAUCCACAGCAUCCUUAGGUGAUGGGAUCUGGGAGCUGAAACGUGAGGAAAUCAUCCUGCUGAAGGAACUGGGGAGUGGACAGUUUGGAACUGUACAGCUGGGAAAGUGGAAGGGGAAGUAUGAUGUUGCCGUUAAGAUGAUUAAAGAGGGAUCGAUGUCAGAAGAUGAAUUUAUAGAGGAAGCUCAUAACAUGAUGAAACUUAACCAUCCCAAACUGGUUAAGCUAUAUGGGGUAUGCACAAAGACAUAUCCUAUCUACAUAGUGACUGAAUAUAUGGCAAAUGGCUGUUUGCUUAGUUACUUGAAGAGUCGUGGAAAGCAACUACAACCCUUUCAGCUGCUGGAAAUAUGUUACAAUGUGUGUGAAGCUAUGACAUUCUUAGAAAGCCAUCAGUUCAUACAUCGAGACUUGGCUGCAAGGAACUGUUUGGUUAACAAAGAUCUUACUGUGAAGGUAUCUGAUUUUGGAAUGGCUAGGUAUGUUUUGGAUGACCUAUAUGUAAGUUCACUAGGAACUAAAUUUCCAGUAAAAUGGUCAGCACCAGAAGUUUUCCAUUAUACCAAGUUUAGCAGCAAGUCAGAUGUAUGGGCCUUUGGAAUCUUAAUGUGGGAAGUAUUCACCUUGGGAAAGCAACCCUAUGAGCUGUAUGAUAAUAUGCAAGUGAUUCAGAAGGUUACUAAGGGAUACCGACUUUAUCGACCCCAGCUCGCCUCAGAAACCAUCUAUCAGAUAAUGUACAGCUGCUGGCAUGAGCUACCGGAAAAGCGCCCCACAUUUCUUCAGCUUCAGUCAUUCCUUGAGCUUCUCAGAGAAGAUGACAAGCUAUGAAGAUGAAAAAGAAAAAAUUCUGAGCAAAUGACUAUGCAUAUUAAUAGACAUAUCAACUGUCUUCUUUAUGGGAGCUAAUAGCCAUGAGUGGACUGGGAAAUCUGUCUGAGUCUAGCCCACGGUAUUGCUCUGUAUUAACCUUUGUUUAAUUCAAUCAGUGGUUUUGACUAAAGAGAAUUUUGCUCUAAACCAGUGGUUUUCAACCUGUGGCAUGAAGACCUCUGGGGGUCCACAGACUAUGCUUAAAGAGUCCACAAAAGUUUAUUCUGAUCAAUCAAACAUAUGUGAAUACUGACACACACUUACAAGUCAAAGGGGUCAGCACCUCCAUUUCAAAUUUCCAAAGGGGUCUGUAAAUAAAAAAAGGUUGAAAACCGCUGCUCUAGAAAGCUCUUGUGAUUUUCAAAAUAGGUGACUGGAAGCACAGAGUGGAAGAAUAUCAUUGAUGUUUUUAGUACGAAUCUCACUGAACUUCAAAGUAUGCAAAAAUGCAGUACAGUAUACAAUAUAUUAAGACUUUUCCAGAUUGUAACUAUUUUUUUUCUUUAUUUGAAAAAUGUUAAGUUGUUAAAUAUAAAAUAUUUCAUAGGUUUUCUCAUAUCAGAACACAUUACUGUAUGUUUUAUGUUUAUAUAAACCCAUUAUGAGUCAAAUUCAUAACUGGUGCAAGUGCCUGGAACUAGUGGCUCUAGGGUUAGUUUCAAUAGUGUUGAUGCUGUUGGAGGUGAAAUAGUGACUCUGUUUUCUCAAAAGUGCUAUUGAGGCCAGUGUGUAUGAGAAUUAUCCCAAGAAGCAUAUGUUUGAUUUUCAUUUCAUUCUGUGAGGCAUUUGCAGUACAAGUAGGGGGGAAAUGUUCACACUACAGUGUUCUAACUCCCUUUCUAUCCUUGACAAGGGGUGCAUCUACACAAGAUGCUUUAAUGCACAGUAGACUAAUUUGCUAAGCAGUAAGCAUCACCAUCUACAUGUGCAGAUGUUUACUGUGCAAUAAAUUGGUCUAUGCAGGUAGCAAAUUAACCAUGGAGUAGUUACUGUGCAGUAAAGCACAUAUAGACUGCCAACCAGGAGCAAAUUUGCUCUCAGUCAGCCGGGCAGCAGGGGGUGGGAGAUUGCACCCUGCCCCUGGGAGUUGCUCACUGCUGGAGCAGGCUCCAGUGGCAGACCCCAGGCUAGGACAACAUCCUCUUACCCCAGCAGCAGGGAGCUCCUGACCCCAGCUCCUCAUCACAUCCCAGAAUCAAGGCCAAGAGCUCCUUGCCCCGGUGUGGGCUUUGCCUGCCUGAGCAGCAGGCAGGCAGCAGGCAGGAUGCAAUCUUCUAGCCCCAUCAGCAGACAGCUGUCUUCUGGCCCUGUGCUCCCUGCCAGCCCCCCUGGGGCUCCCCCUGCUGCAGGGGAGCAGAGAAGGGUGAGAGCAAAUCUGCUCUCAAAUACCUGUACUUGUAGAUAGCUGCCCAGGGUGGGUAUCUACAUCCAGUAGCAACCCAUCCAGUAGCAUUUGCACAUGUACACACACCACACCUAGCAAGAAGCAUUGAGUAAUUUCAGGACCCUUGGUUAGUAAGUUGAAAACUUAGUAGCUGAUGCAUAAAGCAAGAAACUUGAAGCAAACAAUACCAUUUGAAAUGUCAUAACUGUAAGAAAAAAACUUCAGACUAAAGGACUGGAAAUCUGACAUUCCCAUAUCUAUAUCUGAGCCCCUGAAUAAAAGCACCCAAAAGUUCAAAGGUGCUAAGCACCUGGAGUUCCUGUUGUCUUGUAUUCAAGUUGCCAGCACAUCAGAAAACGUGGUCAUAUAUUUAGGUGCCUACGUAUAGAUUUAGAUUUAGGAUUUUGAUUUUGAUUUAUAGUUUAAAAAACCUAAAUUUAGCAACCCAGGUUUGUACAUUUAAUCUAUUUUAUUGUUUUUAUACUUGAUAUGUCAAAAUAUUUGUCAUAAUUGAUCAUUAAUGAAUAAUGGAUAGCUUUGAAGUAAAAAAAAAAAAGUCUUAAUUGACAUUAUAGUAAUAAUGAUGAAUCUAUAGAUGGCUAGUACAGUUCAUAAUAUAUAACUUUGUCCAUUUCAUUGUUUGCAUUUUCAUGUUUCUAUUAUUGCUAAAUGUGCAGAAAGAAUGUGCAUAGUAUAACUGUAUUUCAAAGAGCCUGGAUAAAGUAUUAAAGCUGGUGAUUUAUGGCAACAUUAGUAAAUAGGCAUAUUAGUCAUAAUAUUCAUUUUUGUGGCUGAUUUAUUACAUACCAGCCAGUUGUAUCAGCAUAGAAAUUUUGGCUGUUUUUAAUUUUCUUUUUAAAGUCUGAUUCAAUAUGCAAAGUGUUCAUGUUUUGGUUAAGUAUCUUGGUUGAUUUUAAGUGAACCCUCCUACCUGGCCUUUCCCUUAUUUUCAUUUAACUUUUAACCUUUUUCUUAUCAAACUGCUCUCAUGGUUUGAGGCCAUGCAGAUGUAAGCUCUGUGGCCCUGUAGUGAGCUUUCCUCAUAUGUCUGAAGCCUGUGCUUGUUGUUGGUCUUCACAAGUUUUUCUUUUGUUAGCAUCAAGUUCCAUGGUAAUAGGCAUGACCACUGCUUUCCUCUGAACGUCAUCAUAGCUUUGUUUAGUACUUUUGAUGAACAUCCAAAGAUUUCCGGACCAGCAUUGUUUGGGAAUGGACAGAUUUUUGGUUGCAGCCUCCUUAAAAGGAGAGGGGGAGCUUGUGCUUGGGAACAUACAGCAGCUGUUACCACCUAUAAGGAGCAGGCAAUUAUUUGGGCUGACUGAGUUUUUGUGACCUGUUGAGGGCCACAAGUCUCUCUCUCUCUCUCUCUCUCUCUCUCUCUCCCAGUCCUUCCCUCCUGGGGCUUCAAAGAGUAUGGAAACCUGAACCCACCCACAACUUUAGCACCCCUCCUCUUGUCCCCCAGCACUGGCGUCCACUCACCCACAGCUUUAGCGUGCCUUCCCACCACCCCCAGUCUGGACCUGGCAGCUGCCAGCUGUGUCCACAACUACCCAAGUGCGACCAGCAGCUUCUGGGCCAGGGCUCCAAAGGAGUUGGGGGCGGGGGGAGGGAGGGCUCUGGGCUGUGACCAGCAUGGAAAACUGAAUGCACCCACAGGUGUAGCACUGUAGCAUAUGAGCAGCUGUGGAUGUGGCCAGCACCUGCUAGGUUCAGACUGGUCAAAUGGGGCAGGGCGUGAUACUAGUGUCAGAGGAUUCAAGCUUCCACAUCUGUGCUAGGGUAGCCCCAGCCCAGAGAAAGAGCACCCAGCAUGCUGGAAGCAGCCCCAGCCACCUGACACCAUGUGGAUGCCUGAGCUGGAGCCACCACCUGCCCAUGAGCCAGAACCAUUCACUUGGAAGGUGGCCACAUGCAUGCCAGAUCUAACCACCUGACCGUGGGCCAUAUUUUGCCUACCCCUGACUUAAAUGUUACAUCUGUAUGAGCCUGUUGGGAGACAAAUGAGCUAAGCUGCCCUCACUUUGACCUCUGAUGAAGCAGGGGAACAGCUGAAGUGGCUUUGUCGGACUUGUAUCACUACAGACUCAUGAAGAUGUAACUGUUACAUCCCAACAGCUUGUAUCUAUAUCCUUUGUCCCCUUUCUCAAAGGGUAUCAAGUGGAGCAUAUCAAAUGAGUUUUGGAAGGUGCUUGUAUCAAAAUCCUAUCACUGUUGUCUUGUAACUUUGCAUCUGAUUGCAAAUGUCAUACAGCUUGAUGCAGAGUGGUGCGCAUCCCUAAAUAUAUAUGAGAAGAGGUUUGUUCAGUGCUGCAAAGAGAAACCCAAAUUCAGUUGACUAAAGUUCAGUUGAUGAGGAACUGUUUUCAAAUACAUUUAAUGUGAUUUCCCAUCCCUGGAUAAGAUGUUUCUGACUUUAACUGACUGGAAUUCUUGUGCUACUUAUAGACAGGUGUGGUUACUGUCUGAUUUGCAGCCUGCAUCUCCUACUUUGCAUUGCUGAUGGAAUUACCACAAGGCAUCUGGUGAUAUUACAACAUGGACGGCACAUUACACACUUGGAUUUUUUUGCAAAGAGCUGGUUGUUUGAACUGAAAAGCAGAACAAGGUACAGAGGUAGAUGGAAAGUUCAAAAUAAGCAGCUUUCAAACAUAGAUUUCAGAACCUAACAAUCAAAACACAAUAUUGUGACAUAUGCUCCAAUGAUAUGAGCUGAAUAAUCUGUGGGUGUGAGUUUUUAGUUGUGUGUACAUGCACACACCCACCUACGUGCAUGCAUGCAGUUUUGGUGUUCAAGCCUACUCUGUCAGUUGUAUUUGUGGUAAUUAACUCAGAACAGCAUUUCAUCUGAGCAUCCAAUACCAUUCUAUUGAAACAUUCAUAAAAUAGAAAGAUUACCUGCUGGUCAAUUAUUGGUCCAAGUCAAAAAUCAACUAAAAUUAAAGGUCAAAUGCUAGCCCCAGUAAAGACAAUGAAAAAAAAGUUCCCUUAAUUUUUAUGGAAUGAAGAAACCAAUGACAUCAAGCACUGCACUGUGUUCUUACUUGGUUGAGUUGAUUAUUGCAGAGAGCACCAGUAAGAUGUAUCACAACACCAUUUAUUAUAAACCUAGUAAAACAUUGUGAACUGCAGCUUGUGCAAGGGUUUUAAACUUGUAUACUUCAUUUGUCCUGAUCUACAAUGCUGCUCCAAUCUCAAUGCUACUGGUGAUUCCAGAUGUGCUUCUGAAAUGCAUGUUCUAAUGCUUGGUUAGCAUGAUUUCUGAUGUCAUAAUUAUAGAGCAUGACACUCUCAUUAGCCCUUCAGUUUUCAACCUCUGGAGAAAAUACCAGUGCCUGAAUAUUUCUGUAUUGAUUGUAUUGUCUGCCAUUUUGGAUGCACUUGUCCAACACAGGUUUUUUGUAAGUAAAAAAACAUUUAAAGUUAAAUGUCACUUUGCUGCUCUGUUUUGUAGAGGACUCUGCAUCACAUGCGUGUGCCCUUAAAAGUCAUAGAAUCAUAGAAAAUGAGGGCUGGAAGGGACCUCAGGAGGUCACCUAGUCCAACCCCCUGCUCAAAGCGGGACCAUCCCAGCCAUGGCUUUGUCCAGCCAGGCCUUAAAAGCCUUCAAAGAUGGACAUUCCACCACCUGUCUAGGUAAUCUGUUCCAGUGUUUCACCACCCUCCUGGAGAGGAAGUUUAUCCUAAUAUUCAAUCUAAACUUUUCUUGCUGCAACUUGAGAACAUUGCUCCUUGUUCUGUCAUCUGCCACCACUGAGAACAGUCUAGCUCCAUCCUCUUUGGAAGCACCCUUCAGGAAGUUAAAGGCUGCUAUCAAAUCCCCCGCUUAGUCUUCUUUUCUCCAGACUAUAAAUACCUAUAGGAUCAGGCUUCAAAUGCAAGAGAGUUUGGGAAAUGCCUAGUCCUUGGAACCUAGUUGUGAACAAGGUGCCUGGUUGUCGGAAUCUAAGUAGUUCUGGUCAUGGUCCUAACCCAGAUACGUAGAUACCUGAGAAAUUUUACUGGUUAAAUGUACAUAUUCCUAAGGUUAGAUAGCUGUAGAGCAAGGUUUUGAGGCUCCAAGUUGCAUAAUUAGGAAUGGCUGAGGCAUGCACCCCAGGUACCAAGUUAGAAGGGGUGCCAGAAUUGUGCCCUGCCUCUGCAGAGUCCAUGUUGGGAAUUCAAAAACAGUUCCUGGCUGCUACUGCUUAAGGAGCAACAGCCAGGAUAGGCAGAGCAUGUGGUGGCAGCACCAGCAGCUCGACUAGGGACUAUCUUGGAGUUCCCAGCAUGUGCAAGGGUGUUGUCCCCACUCUUGGAACUGCAUCCCCCAGCCUCCUGUAGGGUUUGUUCCAGGCACCAACUCAUCUUGUUAGGCUACAGGUUGGCUUUCAGCACCAAAGAUAGUGCUUAGAUGGGAUUUAGAAGCCAAAGUCCUUUUAUAAAUACAGCCUGUGCAUUUCCUACAUUCAUUAUAGUGAAUCCCUUGUAGUGAAAACAACAAUGCUAAGAUAAUGGUGGUUGAGUCAUGUCUGGUGUGUACAGAUGACUGCACAAGCUUAUGUGCAAUAAGUACCUGUAGCAGGUUGCCACCUCCGGACUUCUUCAACCAGGCGCUUUCUCCCCUAACAUCUCUCAGGCAGCCCCAGUAAUAAACAGUGUCUUUUAAAACAGCUGGCUUUUUCUCCCUGAGGCAUCUCCAGCACACACCAGUAUUAUACAGUCUUUUAAAAAAUUAAGCAACAAAAUCAAAACCAAACCCAACAAAAGAAACCAACCAACCAACCAAACAAAAAACACUGGGAGAGGUCCAUGUGACUCCGGCAUUCCUACAGUGGGCAUGUC